AUGGCUAUGAAGCCAUUAACAAUUCAAAAAGCAGUGCUACUCACUAUAUGCCUAGUCCUAUUUAGUGUGUCAACAAUAGCCACAAAAAAGGCAGCGAGUAAACCCAUGCAGCCCGUUUUCAUAUUUGGUGAUUCAACAGUGGAUGUUGGCACAAACAACCACCUCAAAAACUGCACCGCAAGAGCCAAUCACCCAUAUUAUGGGAUCGAUUAUCUACAGUCGAAACCAACUGGAAGGUUUAGCAAUGGACAAAACGCUGCUGACACUAUUGUAACACUUUUGGGUGGCUACAAACAUAGUCCGCCUCCAUUUCUUGCACUCCUUAAAAAUAGUUCCAACUUUACCGGAAAAAUUCUUCAUGGGGUGAACUUUGCUUCGGGAGGUUGUGGCCUUGAUAAAGAAACAGGGAAAGAUCCUUACGGGGUAGUUGUAUCUUUGGAAGAGCAAAUCCAACAAUUUGCAACUAUUAAAGGCAACAUGACCGCAAUACUAGGUGAGUCAAAUGGUCAACUUUUGCUUCAAGGUUCAAUGUACAUCAUGAGUAUUGGAAGUAACGACAUCAUGUCCUACAUAUUCACUCAUCCUGUAACUCCCGAGCUUUUCAUCGCCAACCUUACAGCCACAUAUGCCAUUCAUCUAAAGAACUUAUAUAGUCUAGGGGCAAGAAAGUUUGGAGUAAUAAGUGUUCCACCAAUUGGAUGUUGUCCAAUUGCCCGUUCAUUCUCUCCCGUUGGUGAUUGUGCAAAGGAGCCCAACGACUUGGCUAUUGCGUUCUAUACACCACUUGAAUCCCUUUUGAAAAACUUGAGCUCUACACUUGAAGGAUUCAAGUAUUCGCUUGGGAAUGCAUACAAUAUGACUAUGAAUAUCAUUGAAAAACCAAUUGCGUAUUUCUCAUCUAAAACCUCAUUCUCUCCCCUGUUCUUCCUCCAUCUCUCCCCUCCGCAUCAAAUGACAAAACCUCUGCCUCGCCUACCUGUUACAUCACAUCACAUCAUAAGAUACUCCACCACCCCCAAAAUCACCACCACCAUCUUCGUUGGAGACAAACUCCCCGAUCGCUGGUUGUUUCAAGGUGGCGUCAAUGUGGAUACCUACGAAUCUUGGAAUGUGAUUAGCGUUGAAGCAGCAUCCAUUUUUUUCUCAGGAAAUCAAUGGUGA